UUUUGAGAAUACAAGUUGCGGUCACGCUGACGAGGCAAGCACAUUUUCGCGAAGUACAACAACUGAAUUUCUUCCAAAUAAGCCAGUAGAAAUGUACGAGUUGAAAACUUUGUUGCCCCAAUUCGAUAUCAAACUGCCCACCUGUAUGUACGACUUAAAGAAUGUCAGCCUCGCCGCCGGCGGUGCAACAGCAGGAGACACCGCACAGGAGGAUACAGCCGCUGUGGUGAAACGCCAGGACAAGGUGCUGCAGCAGCUGGAAGAGCUAAAGGCGCAAUUGGGCAAAAUACGCGCCAGCUUAGGAGUGCGAGUAUGUGGAAAGACCAUCCAGCAUACGACAGCCUACCAAAAUGGAGGCCUUAAAGAGGUGCCACUGCAAGAUGUUGUCGUCAAUGGUCAUCCCAACUUUAUACCCUAUGCGCUGUUGGCUUUGAAGAAUGCUUGGCGUGAUUUGUACACCAUCGAUGUGAAGACGUUCACACACUCGACAAUGGCAGAUAUUGGGCCAGCUGCCCGUGAAUUCGAGGCCACUGCCAAGGUGCCGGUUAACACGGCAUUGCCCAAGAUUAACGUAACGCUGAUCUGGAAGAACUGUGAACACACGGAAAUGAUCAGUUCACCUACUAUGUAUGUGCCCAUCUACGGCGAAGUGAAUAUCAUCAGGUAUUUGGGUCGUGUUGGACCCACCGAGUAUCGUUAUGAGAACUCACCUCUCUGCAAUGAGAUCGACGCCGUGCUCGACAUUUGCUAUCAACUGCUGCGUUGCACCACACACAAAAGCCAAGUGGCAAUGGUGCGAUUGCUAGACAAGCGACUGCAGCAACAGCAGUACUUUGGUGGUCAACAAAUGUCUGUGGCCGACAUCGGCGUCUACAGUUCCCUCAUUCGCAUGCCUGCCAUCACUGACAAGGAUCUGACACCGGCGCUACUGGCAUGGCGUAAGCGGGCCAAGCUCGUUACCCAGAUCUAAGGACUUUACUCUACUCAAUGCGAAUGAAAAUAAAGUGUUAGCAAAAAAUUAAAUAUAGUUUACCACGCUUUUUUGUUGGCAUCACAAUUACUUAAGCAAAAAGCUUCUAGAGGGUGGAGAAACAAAUAAAGUAAAAUUUAUUAAUUUAUUAUUGAAUAAAUUAUUCUAUUAAAUUAA